CCGUCUCUACCUGUCUGCGGCAUGACGGUGCUUUCAAGACAACCGGGAACUCUGGGAAAAAAAGUCAAAUCAUGCAAUCAGGUCGGAAAGUCGGAGCUCUAGAAAGAUGCCCUAGUUUCCGACUUGGAAUUCCGAGUUGGAUGACCGUUCAAAACGAUUUUUCCCAGUCGGAGCUCGUUUUUUCCCGAAUUCCCAGUUGUUUUGAACGCGGCAUUAGUCAAGAAACCUGCCCAUUUUCCUCGAAAAUACGAAAUGUAAUGAUUCCAAAGCUAUACAAUUAUUACAGAGAACAAGUUAAUGAUCUCACAUCUCGGAAAAGAUUCGGAAUGUUUCUUGUUGCCAAAAUUCAUGCUAAUGUUUUUUUUUUAGCUAGCGCCCAAUUGACUCCCAUUCACUCCUUGAAGGACGCGCGUUUCCCAAAAUCGCCCAAAAUGCACCGCGCGUCCCAUUGACAACGCAUGGGCAUCGUACGCAAUGGGCGUUGGAGUUUCCCAUCUCCUCAAAAGUAUCUCUGGCCCGAUCGGGGAUUUCUAUUGGAGAAGCAGUUUAGACGUCUUCAUACUAAAGCAUAUUUGUGUCUACUCUCCGUUAUUUCUGGUCUGUGGACUCCAGUUGUGUUCUAGGACUGUACGAAGGGCCUUCAAAAGGAAUUUUAAAUCAUGUCUGAGGCGGAUUUUGAUAAGGCUGCAGAGGAGGUGAAGCAGCUGAAGGCUAAGCCAGCAGAUGCAGAGAUGCUCAGGGUCUAUGCUCUGUUCAAACAGGCCAAAGUGGGCGACGUCAACACCGCUCGCCCUGGGAUGCUGGAUUUCACUGGGAAAGCCAAGUGGGACGCCUGGGAGAAGGAGAAAGGAAAGAGCAAAGAGGAUGCCAGGAAGGAGUACAUUGCCUUCAUAGAGGUUCUGAAAGGGAAGUACGGAGUCUAACAAAUGACUGACUGACCGGGCCAACCGCUGGCAGUGUAGAACCUUGACCUCUGUGGUCAGCCCACACCUCAUCCCUGUGAGGAUCCUUAAUCUCAACGAGUAUGCCCUUUUCUACAAGACCUGGUGAAAAUGCAUAUGUCAAAUCCUUUGUAAUUCUAGCGGUGCACUUGGUUUAGCUGAGGUAACUUGGUUUAGCUGAGGUAUGUGCAGGGUGGUUGGAGUUUGCAUUUUUUGGACUAUUCAAAUGGUUCCAUUGUACAGAACUACCUAAAUCAAGCACACCUCAAAUGACAUAUGCGUUUUACCCAGGAAUGUUUUCUACUGUGCAUUGCACUAAGAAUACAGGACCAACAAGCCGCCGCUACGUACAGAGACACCGUCCUCCACAUUCAACUUCCUAGUGAAUGUUCUCAACUGGUUGUUCAGCCCACAUCCUCCAUAAAGUUUUCAUUUGUUUUAA